AUGGAAUCAUACCAACAGAUGUUAGUUUCUUCUUUCCUUGAAAUAGCCGUAGAUCAAACGGCCGAUACUGCCCGUCGAUUCCUUCAGACAACAAGCUGGAAUCUUGAGGAAGCAAUUCAACUUUUCUACAAUAAUGAACUUGUCGAUAAUCCUAGCUUAAAUGGAGCUGCAGACUAUUGGGGACAAUAUGAUGGAGACAACGUCGACGACGAUGAUCACAAUAUUGCAGUACCAUAUAUUGGUAAUGGUUCGUCACACAACUUAGAGAAUAAAAUAUUGAGUAGUCGUCCUGGAGAUGUUUGGAGGGUAGAGGAACGAGACGAUAAUCUAUCUUCUAUGUAUCGUCCACCUUUUGCUUUGCUAUACAACGGGCCUUUUAACAACGCGAUUGAUACUGCAAAAACGCAGAAUAAAUGGCUGUUAGUGAACGUGCAAUCCAUGCAAGAAUUCACGUCACAUAUGCUAAACAGAGAUACUUGGGCUAACGAUUAUGUUGCACGGAUUAUAAAAAAGAAUUUUAUUUUCUGGCAAGUAAAUGAUGAUACUGAGGAAGGCCAAAAAGUUUGCACGUACUAUAAAUUAAAUUCUUUGCCUGUUAUAUUAGUAAUUGAUCCUAUAACAGGUCAAAAAAUGCGUUCUUGGAAUGGAAUGGUUCAGCCUGAAAAUUUACUAGAGGAUAUUACAUCUUUUAUUGAUCUUAGCCCCUCAGAAUAUUAUGCUAAUUUAUUGCAUAAACGAUCUAGGAAAAAUCCUCGCGAUGAAAUUAAAGAAGAUGAAGGCAUACAACAGAGUAAUGAAAUCAAAGAAGUAAUGAAGAUUUUUUAUCCUCCUUUGCCUGAAGAACCAAAGGGUGAUAGCAAUUUAAUUUGCAGAGUUGCGGUUCGCCUUUUUGAUGGACGUAGAAUACAAAGGAAUUUCUUGAAAACUGAUUCAAUUAAGUUGCUAUGGUCUUAUUGUUGUGUUGAGUUUGAAGAAGCAGAGACAAGGCCAUUUCGAUUCAGACAAGUUUUCCCAGGGGCAGUGAAGUUUUUAGAGUAUGAUAGUAACUUAACUUUUGAGGAGUCAGAUCUUAAUAAUUCUAUUGUUUCUGUAACUUGGGAAUGA